UCCUGCCGUCGCCAUGGUGCAGAUGAUGGAGUCUCAGUGCGAGUAUUUCAUGUAUUUCCCGGCGGUUCCCAUCACCGACCUGUCCGACCCCGCCCGGUACCGAACCCUGCCCCGUCGGAGCCACCUCUACCUGGGGGAGACGGUCCGCUUCCUGCUGGUGCUGCGCUGCAAGGACGCAAGGGCGACGCCGACCGAGCAGGGCCACGCAGGGGACGCUCCAUCAGCAGGUUUCGGGACAGAAUCGGCCAGCAGUCGGGCUUGGAGGGAGCUGGCAGGGUCACUGUCUGCCGUGGCCAGUGUGAGUCCGGGUGAGAGCAGUCGACACCGCACCAACCAGCACCACCACGACUACACCAGCAGCGGGGACGAGGGUGUCGACGACGGCGAGGAGGACUACAUUGCAGCGGCCGAGGCGGCCAUCGCGGCUCUGGGGAGCAGAGUGGACUCACGCUGCCGGUCCUUCCGGGAGUGCAAACCGCUGCUUAUACACAACUCCUGCGGCUCUGCGGCGCGGGAGUUCCGCAGGGCGCCAAUACAGUCUCCUCUGGACGAGCCGGUGGUUCUGGCAGAUGAAGUCAUCUUCCCACUCACAGUCUCCUUGGACAAACUCCCCGUCAGAACCGUCAAAGUCAAGGUGAUGGUCACGGUAUGGAAGACGGAGGCGGAGCAAGCAGAGGUACAGGAGUUAGGCUACCUCAGUGUCCUGCAGCAAAGAGAGCCAUCACACACCUUUAGACACGACCUGAACACUUUCAAGGCUCAAGUGAGCACCACCCUGACCGUCCUGCCGCCUCCCGCCGUUCGCUGCAAGCUGAUGAGCGUCUCCGGGCGCCACCUGGCUGUCCUUAAAGUGCUGAACAACUCGUCACAGGAGGAGGUGAGCGUGAGGGACGUUCGUAUUCUGCCAGACCUCAACGCCUCCUACCUUCCCAUGAUGCCCGACGGCUCCGUGCUGCUGGUGGACAACGUGUGCCACCAUUCCGGUGAGGUGGGCAUGGCGUCUUUCUGCAAGGUGGACAGCGUCGCUUGCCGCCUUCCCAGCCUGCUCGGCGCCUUGGAGGAGCAUGACUUUCUGUUCCAGCUGAACCUGAACGACAUGCCUCAGGACGAGUCCAAUGAGGGGAUGGAGGUUCCUCUGGUGGCUGUGCUGCAGUGGUCCACUCCCAAGAUGCCGUUCACCAACUGUAUCUACACACACUACAGGUUGCCAAGCGUCCGUCUGGACCGGCCGAGAUUCGUGAUGACGGCCCGUUGUCCGAGCACCGUCAAGGUCAAGGAGCACUUCAAAGUGAAAUACAUCCUGCUCAACAACCUGCAGGACUUCCUGUCAGUGCGGCUGGUGUGGACUCCGGAAGGUCGUGGUCAGACUGAGGACACCACGCUGGCAGCGGUGGUCUGCCACACGCCGUUCAGUAACCUGGGUCAAUGUCGCAAAGGAAGCACGCUGUCCUUCAGCGUGGCUUUCCAGAUCCUCAGACCGGGACUGUACGAGCUGAGUCAGCACAUGAAGCUCAAGCUCCAGUUCACCGCGUCCGUCGCCAACCCGCCUCCCGAUGCCAGGCCGCUCUCACGUAAAAACAGCCCGUCCAGCCCGGCGUUCCGUGACCUGUUGGACCGUCAUCAGGCCAGUUUGGGUCGAUCCCAGUCCUUCUCCCACCAGCAGCCGUCUCGCUCUCACAUCAUGAGGACGGGCAGUGCAAUGGAGCGGCGCGCCAUAACUCCCCCCGUGGGCUCCCCGGUGGGUCGGCCGCUGUAUCUGCCACCACAGGACAAAAGCCUGCUGUCCUUGGACAAGAUUGCCAAGAGGGAGUGUAAAGUUCUGGUGGUGGAUCCAUGAGAGCCAAGAGGACAUCUUGUCAGUGUUAUCAGUUUGCAGCAGUAUUAACGUCAGCAUUAUUAAACGACAAUGCAAAAAAAGCUAUCAUGUGUGUGAACAAGUCAUUCAAAAGUCUUCUUUUGUUUCCCUCUUGUUUUCAUGUGGGUUUUUUUUUUUGCCUUUUGGUUCGGGACCCUUUGGGACUGUGUGACAAGGGGUGGCACUUUCGUGACUUCGGCGGUGCUUUUUUGUGAACUUCUGGAUCUGCCUCUCGGGAGCCUUUUGGCCAUGGAGAAUAGCUGCUGGGUCUCUGCCACACCAGAGUCCGUUUGGAGAGACUGGAGGAGAUGCGGAUGAAGAGACAGGGCUGCGGAGCUAGCGCUGAGCGCCGGGACGUACAGGCUUCACAGUCUUCUGGCUGAAUGAGCAUGUAUCGGACACCUCGGUCUCCUUGGACGUAUCCUUGCUUAUCCAUGCGGACUGGACACUGACCGAGAGUUGGUGGGCGGCCGAGGGUCAGACUGGUUGCUUUGUUGGGUCUGCUCCUGUCUCUGGCCAUGCUCCCCCCACCCCAGCAGACAAUGGCGUGGAACACCGCAGAGGCCACCACAUUGUAUAUGUUGUUGUUUUACUUUUGUGACUGUGUGUAGAAGUGGCUGCUUGCAUCAGCUCUGCUCUUGUAAUGUCCUAUGUGCAUACUUGCCAACCCUCCCGAUUUUCCCGAAUUUCAGUGCCCCUCCCGAAAAUCUCCCGGGGAAACCAUUCUCCCGAAUUUCUCCCGAAUUU